AUGCCCUUCGUGGAUCCCACACCAGGUCCGAAGCCUGCGGUUGAGAUUUUUCCUGCCGCUGUGGACGGUCGGAUUCCACAGAUCCUCGCUGUCAACAAACCUCCGAAAUCUCAUCACCCUACCCCACUUUUUAUCGGGUUCACAAGAAAUUGGCCGAUUUUACAACAAUCUGUCGUUAGCUAUAUAACGGCUGGAUGGCCUCCUGUCGAUAUCUAUGUUGUGGAUAAUACCGGCACGAUGGACUCCAACGAACUUGGGCUGUUGACGCUGCAGAAUCCCUUCUUCAUCGACUACCCAAGGUUGAGGGCGCUAGGAGUUAACAUAAUCACCGCACCUACUUUGCUCUCCUUUGCUCAAUUGCAAAAUUUCUUUCUCUACACAGCUAUCCGAAGGAACUGGGGGCAUUAUUACUGGAGUCAUAUGGAUUCUGCCGUGCUCUCCGAUGAGGAACAACACCCUUACAGGAGCCUUUACCAGAGGAUUGUCGAGAACUGGAGUUCCAUGGACAAGACGGAGAAGUGGGCAAUCAAGCUCUUCGAGUACGAUUAUUUGGCGUUGGUCAAUGUGGCUGCCUAUAAGGAUGUUGGCGGUUGGGAUACACAAAUCCCCUUCUACACUACCGAUUGCGAUUUCCAUGCAAGGCUACGCAUGAAGAAUUACACUAUAACCGAAGAGAAAGUUGGGCACAUUUUCGAUGUAGGAGCGACUGUGCCCGACCUCUCCGUCUUUUAUCCUGGGACAGCAAACGAGCCUCUGAACGGCGAGAGGUUCAAGUAUCUGCGUAAACUGCUGGACGAUUUUCAGAGUUCGAAAAACAAGGAAAAAUCCGAUCGAAAUUUCUGGCAAGCGGCGCAACUUGGUGGAAAAGGGGAACCCUUCUAUCGGAACCCGGUGGGCUUUGAAAAAGCGAUGCAGCACUGGAUUGAGACUGGCCGCACAGUUUAUGCAGAGAAGUGGGGCCACCGCGAGUGCGACAUAUGGGAAAUUGGGAAGGAAAUUGACAAGGCUUGGGAGUAUAAGGAAGACUGGUUGGUCUGA